AUGGCGUAUUCUUGUAUACCCAUUGUCCCUGCGACGCGCCUUGCAGAUAUUUCAAAAGUCGCCGAAGUCGCGUCUAAUUUGAAAAUUCUGUUCCAGUCCAUUUCAAUGACGACCGAAGCAUGGAUGUUGAAAAGGAGCUUGUUAGCCUCGCGAUCUAGCCAACUGCCCCAGGAUCACUCGUCUGAGUCGCGUCUCUCGCCGUUGAGGAUCCCACAAUCUCCUGCUCCUUUCCAGAAAGGUGGAGAGAAGCCUGCGACCUACGAAGAUCCAGCAUUAAGCUCCCCCCCUCUUGGUCAGCGAGAUGGAGGUGACGCAAAGCCCCCAACGACCAUCGCUAGUUCCGACAUCAACCCUUAUACUGGCCUCCCUUAUACCGGCUCCCCUUACGCCCUCUCCUCUUAUACCAGAGACAUCGCCUCCAGCACCAAUCUUCAUGAUUGGCCUGAGGACUCAUCAGAUAACGAGGCAUACCAAACGGCGCCAAGCACUCUGGAAUCUCGCUCUCCAUCACAGCGAUCUCAAGACACAUACUCUCUUACUUCCGCUGUCAAUAUCAGGCCUCCACCUGUCUUUUUUUUCCCACCGCUGAGGAUCCCACAGUCUCCUGCUCCUUCCCAGAAAGGUGGAGAGAGGCCUGCGCCCUCUCGAGCAUCAGGCUCCCCCCCUCAUGCCCAGGGAGACAGAGCCGAUGCAAAGCCCCUAACAACCAUUGCUAGCCCCGAAAAUCAGCUUCCUCCCGACCACUGGAUCUUUCACCCUAAGAACUUUGUAGCGUCACCAAACAUCAACCCUUAUUCCAGCUCCCCUUACGCCCCCUCCUCUGAUACCAGAGACAUCGCCUCCAGCACCAAUCUUCAUGAUCGACCUGAGGACUCCCCUUACGCCCCCUCCCCUUAUACCAGAGACAUCGCCUCCAGCACUGAUCUUUACUCAUUAGAUAACGAAGAAUACCCAACGUUGCCAGGCCCUCUGCAAUUUCAUGAUCCCUCGCAGCAAUCCCAAGACACAUACUCUCUUACUUCCGCUGUGAAUAUCAAGCCUCUACCUGUCUUUUUCUUCCUGUUUCAAAAUGUUUCCUCGCGAAUCCCCGUUGAUGAUGAACCUGUCAUCCCAUCAAGUUCUCCGGCUUAUCCUCGACAAAAUUAUGUUGUUGAGAGGGGAGAGGUUGCACGGUCAGCCUAUAUCCAAGUCGAUGGGAAGCUCCAGAAGCUUAGGCACAGACAUAAGCUCACACCAGAUCAGUGGCAAUUGAUGUAUUGCCAUGAUGAGAUUCGAGGACGUCAUAUCCGCAUAGAGCUCUUCACCCACUUAGCGCCUGCUGCCAAAGUCACGAUGAGAUAUCUUGGCCUUCUUUUUAUCUUUGCCGGUUGGGUUGUUCUACUAUAUGGCAUGAUUCACAUUCAUAAGACAGGGUGGAAAGUAGUGACGGGUGUCGCAGCUGCAGUUGUCUGGGUUCAAUUCUGGAAGUUGCAUAGAUUCAAUUUUGUGCCGGGCACAACCUGGCAUAUAUUGCCAAUGUUGUGGCCCCAGUUCCUUAUAACUACCAAGGGUGACCCAUGGUGGUUUUGGAAAGACACGAGAUUGGAAAUCAUUGACCACUCGGGCGUGAAGUAUUAUGCCUCCGCCGCAGACUUUUACCUUUCACUCGAACCAGAGCACAAUCUGGGAAAACGAAACACUAUGUCAACCCCGAAAUCUGACACCCUCCAAGCACUGAAUGAAUUCAGGUAA